AUGGGUAAAGGCUUCGAGAAUGAUGAAGAUGGAGAAUACACUGAUGGAUUAUCGAUCUUCAAGCCAAUUCGUAUAAGUGAAAAAUUUGUUAGACCAAAAACACCUCCAGAAACGAAAAACUUUCUACUUCGUAUUCAGGAACGUCAAAAAGCAAAUCAGAAAGACUCUAUUUGUGAUGAAACUAUACUUGUAAAUUCAAAAGAAAACAUUGAAAGUAAAACACAGGAUCCAGAUGUUGGAGAACAAUCUCAGAAUUCCAAUAUACAAUCAAAAGCUUUAUCAAACACUCUAAUUACUUCCACUCAAAAUACAAUGAGUCAAUUAGAUGUUGUACAAUUUCAUACCUGUUUAUCACCAAUUAUUAAUCAAUCUGAAAAUACAAAUAAUAUUCUCAUUACCGAUAGUAUUAUAAUCAAUGAUUCUUUCAUAGAAAAUUCUCCUAUUCCAAUCACUAAUUUACAACAACAACAACAACAACAGCAACAACAAACAUCUUCAUCCAAAUAUCGUCUUAUCAAUCCAAAUGUUGGCGAUUCACCAAUGGAAGAGUUGAUUGUGCCACAAAUUAAAAAAACAUCACAUUUAUUCAAUGAAAUUCAUCAUAACAAUCAUAGUCAGUCGAAGAAAUGCAAACGAAAAUCAUCGAUCACCAAUACUAAUCAUAAUCAUACUAAUAAAAGACUUUCUAUUGGUACACCACUUACACCAGAUAUUUUAUUAAAUUUCGUUAGUUCCACUCAUUCAUCAAAAUCAUGCCAAGAUACUGUAAAAAAGUCUAAUCCUCAAAUUGUUGAUAAUAAUAAUAAAUUAACCGCCAAUGUUCCAGAAAAACAAAUUAAAAUGUCUAAAUUAUUAAUGAAUCAAAAAAAAACUACAAAAUUAUUAUCAAAUUUACAAAAUUCACCAUCAAUUACACCGAAAUCAAUUCUUAGAGAGGUCAAUCAAAACACUAACACUACCAAUACUACUAAUAAUAAUAACAGUAGUAAGAUUAAAUCAAAACAAAUAUUAUCUACAAUCAAGAGAACACCAGUUUUAAAACAAUCAAAACAACUUACUCCUAAAAAAAAACAAUUCAACGAUAAAAACGUUACUACUACCAAUACUACUAACAAUAAUAACAGUAGUAAGAUCAAAUCAAAACAAAUAUUAUCUACAAUCAAGAGAACACCAGUUUUGAAACAAUCAAAACAACCUACUCCUAACAAAAAACAGUUCAGUGAUAAAAAUGUUACUACUACUACUACUACCAAUACUACUACUAAUAACAAUAACAGUAGUAAGAUUAAAUCAAAACAAAUAUUAUCUACAAUCAAAAGAACACCAGUUUUGAAACAAUCAAAACAACUUACUCCUAAAAACAAACAAUUCAACGAUAAAAAUGUUACAGAGAAGAAAACCAAUAAUAAUGAUAAUCAAAAAUCUAAAACUACUGAUCAACAACCUACAAAUAAUGUUUCAAUUCCACCACGAAGAAAAUCAAAUCGUUUAUUAUUAUUAUCAAGUGGUACAUCAACCUCACAACCUAUAUAUGUUCGCCCAUUAUCUAAUGUUGAUUUAGAUGCAACAAUAAAUAAUCCAUGUUUAAAAAAAUCAAAAUCAUUACUUAAUUAUAAACAACAAAUUAAAAAAUCAACAACUCAACAAACUUCCAUGAUAAGUAGUAGUCCUAUUGAAAAAAAUUUAACGAAAGAAUUAUUAUUACCUAAUAAUAAUAAUCAUAAACGAAAAUCACAUGUUAAUGAAAUUACUACACCAUUAUUAUUAUUAUUAACUAAAACGAAACGUUUGUCGGUGAGUCAAAUAAAAGUUAAUGAAGAUAGUUUGAUUUUAACUGCAAAUAAUGAAUCUCUUUUCAACUGUUUUAGCGAAAAUUAUUAUUUACGCUGCUUACUAGAGACUAUCAAUAAACGUAGUAGUUUAGAAGAAUUUCAAUCUACACCAUUGACACAACGUAAAGAUGUAUCAAUAAAAUCUCCAUUGGCAUCUGAAAUAGGUGCAACAAGAAUUAGUAUUGUAUUCAGUGGAACUCAAUCCGAAGAAGAACAAGUUUUAAUUGCAUUAUUAAAAUCAAGCAAUUUAAUUGGUUAUGAUCUAGUUAAACUUCCACAUUCACAUACACAUUCACAUUCACAUGCAACACGUACAAAAUGUCAACUUGGCACAGCGAAUCGUUCAUUUAGCUUAGUGCAAUUUACACAUUUAAUCACAGAAUCACCUUGUCGUAGAACAUUGAAAUUAUUUCAUGCACUUAUUCGUGGUGUACAUAUUGUCACUACAGAUUGGUUACGUCAAUCAGUCACUGCUAAUAUGUGGUUAUCUGAAUUAGAAUUUAAACCGCCUGGAUUACCUCGUUUAUCACGUAUGCAAAAAAUGAAUAAAUUAUUUGCCAAUGUUGGUAUUCUAUAUGUUGGUCCUGAUACAAAACCACCACGUCAAGAUCUUGUUGAUUUAUUGAAUUUAGGCGGGGCAAUUCUUACCAAUAAGAAAACUGAAGCUACCAUUCUUAUUGGCUGUCAUCUAUGCAAUAAAACAUGUAUUAAACCCAGUUGGAUAUUAGAUUCCAUAUUUCAAGCCAAAUUAUUACCAUUAACCGAUUAUGAUUUAUCAACAGACCAUCAUUGA